CAAAACAGCAAAAACUUGUAGAAAAAAAUUCGUGAUGAAAUUUUUAAACGUAAACAAACGCGCGCGCCAAAAAAAAAUAAACACGAUCGAGACACGAAAAAAAGAAUGUCACGUGAGCAAAGGCACAAGCGUUAAAUCUUUAUUUAAAACUCACAUUUGCUCCUUUCCAAUCCCAUUUGAACCCAUUAGAGACAACUGGUAGCACUGCUCAUUGACAACAACCCCAUAAGAAUGAUUUCUAGAACACCUUCUCCUACAAAGUCACCAAGAAGACUGGCAUUAUCUUCAAAAGAUGGUAAUGUUAAACUAUCUCCAAAGAAAUCCUUAAAAUCAACAACAACUCCUAAUUUAUCACCAUCAAGACCAAGAAGUUCAUUAUCAAGAUCUCCUUCAACUUCUAAACAGCUUUUAGCGAAAGCCAAACCUUCAUUAGGAUUCACCAUCUAUCAAGAUCCAAAAGAUUAUAGCACAGAAAUGUAUUUAUCAAGUGUAAAAUUACAAAGUGAUGAAAAUGAUUAUACGGGAAAUAAAGAAAACAUUGAACCAAAAUAUUCAAAUAGUAGGUGUUCAUCACCAUCAAAGAAAAGAGCUAGAUCACCAUUAUCAGAUCGGAACAUUCUAGAGAAUCCAGGUUAUAUUCAAUAUACUUCAUUACCAAGAGUUU